AUGUCAUCAAUUCCAAUCGAAAGAAAAGGAGAAAAUUGUGAUGAGUUUUUUAUUCUCAAUCCUGGAAAUAAGUUUGAUGAAAAUUUGAUUGGUAAAUAUAUGAUUUACAGAUAUGAACCUGAAGAAAUUCGAGAUAAUAUACCAAUUUACAAAAAGUUUGAAAAAGAAAUAUUAGUGGACAAAGAAAUUCUUCAAAUUAUUUUUGGGUUGACAUUAAGCUAUAGAAGAAUAAUGGUACUUAGAUGGAAAGAAAUUAUGGGAUUUUUAAAAGACGAUCCUGAAUUUGAUAUUUCAAAAAAUUUUGAUUUAAAAAAUAUUAGAAAUAAAGUUGAUUCAACUGAAAAAUUAGUAAAUCACGACAGAGAAUUGAUUAGUGCUUUGAAUCAUUUGGAAAAUUUUUUGAAAAAAAUCUAUGAUAAUAUUCCUAUACCAGUUUACACUAGAAAGUUAUUACCAUCUUCAACAGCAACUAGUAUCAUUUGUGUUACGGAAUUUGACUGCGUAUUUGAUGAAGAAUAUGUUGGAAUGUAUGUCUUACACAAUAAGUCCCAUGAUUCAGACUUACAAAAAAAAAUUUUUGAAAAGUUCAAUAAAGAGUACUUGAAUACUGAAUUUACUUUACAGCUUUUGUUUAAAAAACUUAAUGCCGAUAUGAGAAUCAAUUACUGCAACACUUGGAAAACAAUUUUAACUGGUAUGACUGGCUAUAAAAAUUUUAACAUUAAAAAUGAUUUAGUUUUAGAUGUAAAACAAUCAAAAAAGUAUAUGAAGCAGCUCAGUGUUACCAAAAACUACAGUGAUGAGACUAAAAGAAAAAUGGAUAUAGCAUACCGUCAUUUAGAUUCAGUUUUAAAAACUAUUAAUAAUUUAAAAAAAUUGGCAGCCGAUUUAGAAUUUGAUGAUGCAAUAGCUGAAUGUGAAAAGGCUUAUUUGGAAAAUCUUGAACCAUCUGAAAGAAAGUUUGGUGAAUCAUUGAAAGAACUAGCAAGAGAUUUUUCAUUAAAGUAUAGUGAAAAUGAUUUGGAUCAAUUACUUUCGAAUUAUUCAAAACAAAUUUGCAAAGCUUAUCUUAAGUGCAAUAAAUAA